GAAAAAAGAAGAUUUCUAUUUUGACAUAUAUGUCAACUUCAACCUAAAAAAAGUGUCAAUACAAAAAUGGCUGUUUUGGGAGGAAAAGGUUGGAAUUAUGUUGCAGGUGUACCAGAAACGGACGAACAGCAGAAAUAUCGUUUUCAAGUAGAACUAGAAUUUGUGCAAUGCUUAGGAAAUCCGAAUUAUUUAAAUUUUUUAGCUCAAAGAGGCUAUUUUAAAGACGGCACGUUCAUUAAUUAUUUAAAAUAUCUUCUCUAUUGGAAAGAACCUGAAUAUGCAAAAUAUUUAAAGUAUCCUAUGUGCUUGUACUUUUUGGAUUUACUCCAGUAUGAACAUUUUAGAAGAGAAUUAGUAAAUGCUCAGUGUUCCAAAUUUAUAGACGAUCAACAGAUUUUAUUAUGGCAACAUUAUACUAGAAGAAGGAGCAGGUUAUUGACUACGCCUGUUCCAAAUGGUAAUAUGGAACAAAAUAACAGUAACCAAAAUAAUCAAAGCAAUGGACAUAUGAAUUCUAAAAUAUCUUAGUAACUUAUGUAGUGGUUCAAAAAAAUCUUUAUGGACGCAUAUCUAAUUUAUAUAUAAAAUAGGUUGUAUGGAUGGUAAAUUUGUAAGAAGUUUUUUACAAGGGAUCCUUUAAGAUGUUCAUUUUUGUUGUUUAGUGCACUUAUGUAUGCAACUGGAUUUAGGGUAUUUUUAGAAUCUGAAUGAAAUGUGAAAUGCUUCUUAAAUUGUUAGUUAGGUUAUUCCUUUGUUGAAAAAAUUAUCAUAAAAUAAAAAUGUAUUACUUUGUUAAAAUAACCUGAGGAUAUGAUUAUAUACAUUAUUUUUUAUGUUACCUUAUUUUUAUACAAUGCAUGUCUUUCAAACGGUAGGUAUAUAGUGAGUUGAUUCAGUUUAUUUGAAAAUCUUGCAGAUUACAGUCAUCUCAACUCAUUCUUGUUUUCAAUUGACAAAAUUAAGAGUAAAGAUAUUUCAUCUUUAUAAGAUGUAAGGUAAAAUAGACA